CAACAACUUCUCUUUUUUGGGGGUAUUGAGCUCAUCUCAGUCACGCAGUUAUGAUCCUCUCCCUCGACAUCUGUGAUUGAAAGCUCUGUAUAACCACACACCCUUAAUCAUAAUCAUAUAUAUAUAUAUAUUCCUAGUAAAGUUCUUGGUCUCAGAGAGCCUACAUACAGAGAGAAUGGUUCUCUUUGCUCUGCACUUUCACUCCCACUAGACCACAAUCACAACCUCUCUCUCUCUCUCUCUCUCUCCCCCUCUCUCUCAGCUUCAAUUUUCUCUCUACCCAGAAAGAGAGGAGAAUUGAACGAUCUUUAUACAAACCAAGGAAAGGAGUGAAAUUCAGAGAGAGAAUCAUGGAAUUCAAAUGGGUUUUUGUGUUCUGCUUUGCAUUGUUUCUGGGUUCUCAGCUUGUCCAGAGUAGCGUCACAUACGAUAGAAAAGCAAUUGUGAUCAAUGGGCAAAGAAGAAUCCUCAUCUCUGGAUCCAUACAUUACCCAAGAAGCACCCCUGAAAUGUGGGAAGAUCUCAUACAGAAGGCCAAAGCAGGGGGUCUGGAUGUGAUUGAGACAUACGUUUUCUGGAAUGUUCAUGAGCCUUCUCCUGGCAAUUACAAUUUUGAAGGGAGAUACGACCUAGUUAGGUUCAUAAAGACAAUCAAGAAAGCAGGGCUCUAUGCUCAUCUUCGCAUUGGACCUUAUGUUUGUGCUGAAUGGAACUUUGGUGGAUUUCCUGUUUGGCUGAAGUAUGUUCCAGGCAUAAGUUUCAGGACAGACAAUGAGCCAUUCAAGACGGCUAUGCGCGGUUUCACUGAAAAGAUUGUGAAUUUGAUGAAGAGUGAAAAUCUAUUUGAGUCCCAGGGUGGCCCCAUCAUUCUCUCUCAGAUUGAGAAUGAGUAUGGGACGCAAAGCAAGGCACUUGGAGCUGCUGGCCAUGAAUACAUGACAUGGGCCGCAAAUAUGGCGGUCAGUUUGGGAACUGGGGUCCCGUGGGUGAUGUGCAAAGAAGAAGAUGCCCCAGAUCCUGUGAUAAACACAUGCAAUGGCUUCUACUGUGACGCUUUCUCUCCAAAUAGACCUUACAAACCUACAAUAUGGACAGAGGCUUGGAGUGGCUGGUUUACGGAGUUUGGAGGCACAAUUCGCCAGAGGCCAGUUCAGGAUUUGGCCUUUGCAGUUGCCAAAUUCAUUCAAAAGGGAGGAUCAUUUGUUAAUUACUACAUGUACCAUGGAGGAACCAAUUUCGGACGCUCUGCUGGUGGCCCUUUCAUAACAACCAGCUAUGACUAUGAUGCUCCACUUGAUGAAUAUGGUUUGAUCCGGCAACCAAAAUAUGGUCAUUUAAAGGAGCUUCAUAGGUCUAUCAAGCUAUGUGAGCGAGCUUUAGUUUCAGCAGAUCCAAUUGCCACUUCUCUAGGAGGCCUUCAACAGGCUCAUGUAUAUUCUUCAGAAGCAGGAAAUUGUGCAGCUUUUCUCUCAAACUACGACACAAAUUCUGCUGCAAGAGUGAUGUUCAAUAACAUGCACUAUAAUUUGCCUCCUUGGUCCAUCAGCAUCCUUCCUGAUUGUAGGAAUGUAGUUUUCAACACAGCCAAAGUUGGAGUUCAAACAUCACACAUGGAAAUGCUGCCCAGCAAUGCUAAGAUGUUCUCGUGGGAGACUUAUAAUGAAGAUGUAUCUUCUUUGGAUGACAGCUCAGCAUUCACUUCAUUCGGUCUCAUGGAGCAGAUAAAUGUCACAAGGGAUACUAGUGAUUAUCUUUGGUACAUAACUAGUGUUGAUAUUGGUUCAUCUGAAUCCUUCCUGCACGGUGGUGAAUGGCCUACUCUCAUGGUGCAGUCAACAGGUCAUGCUUUGCAUGUGUUCAUAAAUGGACAACUUUCAGGCUCUGCAUUUGGGACAAGAGAGAAAAGGAGAUUCUUAUUUACAAGAAAGGUGAACUUGCGUGCUGGAACAAACAGAAUUGCACUGCUCAGUGUAGCUGUUGGAUUGCCAAAUGUUGGAGGACAUUUUGAGUCAUGGAGCACAGGAGUCUUAGGUCCAGUUGCACUGCAUGGUCUGGACCAGGGAAAAUGGGACUUGUCCUCGGCAAAAUGGACCUACCAGGUUGGGCUAAAAGGAGAGGCCAUGAAUUUUGUCUCUCCUAAUGGUAUUUCCUCUGUUGACUGGAUGCAAGGUUCUUUGAUCGCACAAAAACAGCAACCAUUAACAUGGCAUAAGGCUUAUUUCAAUGCUCCUGAUGGAGAUAAACCACUGGCUUUGGAUAUGAGGAGUAUGGGGAAAGGUCAAGUAUGGAUUAAUGGUCAGAGUAUUGGAAGAUAUUGGACUGCAUAUGCUAAUGGUAAUUGCAAUGGAUGUAGUUAUUCAGGGGUGUUUAAACCUCCAAAAUGUCAGCUUGGCUGUGGCGAACCAACUCAACGAUGGUACCAUGUGCCACGGUCUUGGUUAAAGCCCACGCAGAAUCUGUUGGUACUUUUUGAGGAACUUGGAGGGGAUCCCACAAAAAUUUCUCUGGUGAAGAGAUCGGUGACCACUGUUUGUGCCGAUAUCCCUGAGUAUCACCCUAUGAUCAAGAAUUGGCACAUUGAAAGCUAUGGAAAGACUCAAGAGUUUCACAAACCGAAAGUUCACUUGCAUUGUGGUCCGGGCCAGUUCAUUUCUUCCAUUAAAUUUGCAAGCUUUGGAACUCCCUUGGGCACUUGUGGGAGUUUCCAGCAAGGAACUUGCCAUGCUUCUACCUCAUAUUCCAUCCUAGAGAAGAAAUGUGUUGGGCAGCAGAGAUGCUCGGUGGCCAUAUCAAACACUAACUUUGGGCAAGACCCAUGUCCUAAUGUGUUGAAGCGAUUAACUGUUGAAGCUGUUUGUUCCCCUACAACUUCUACAACCGUUCAAGCCAAUUCAAGGGGUUGAUUAGGUAAAGGUGGAUAGGGAUGCUUAAAUAUUGCAUCUAGCGAAUUAACAAUACAUACCCUCAAAAGAAAAAGAAAAAAAAUGCAAGAAAAGUAAAUAACGGGUAAAGAAAAGUGAAUAAAGGGUAAGGUACAGGGAAAGCUUUACUAGAUAGGCUGGAGAGAAUGGUGCUAGAGGUAAGUUAAGUCUUUUAAUUUAAGGGGGGGCUAAAUUUAGCCUCUGUAAAGUAGUGAUUUUUAGAUGAGUUUGUAGAUUUAGGGAUUGUGGGCCCCCCAUGAUGGAUUUUGAGCCCUGUCCCCAGCCUUUUAACCAGAAAUGGGCAAUCGGGUGAAGAACAGUGUGAUUUAUUAGUUUGUUUGUUUGUUAAUUUGGGGGGAAAGAAAACCCCAAUUUGGUUCAUGUUAGGAGCGGUUCCUAGUAUGACCUUUCUUUUCUUGUGUGCAGCUCUCAUGAAUUUGAAAUUAGGUAUUCAAUUUUUACA